AUGGCCCUCUCCACCACAGCCCUGGCACUGUGCAUGAUCCUGCUUCUCGCCCUGCAGACGGACGGUGAGAAGCUGGCAAGGCCCACACAGGUGCGCUUUGCUGCAAAGAUAGCGCAUCACCUACUGCAGUGGGAGCCAGGACAAAACCCCCCCCGUGAUGUUCGCUAUGAAGUGGAGCACAAAGUCUACGGCAUGAAUUUCUCCUGGAUGGCUAUCCCAAACUGUAUGAAGAUCUCUGAGCACUCCUGCGACCUCACGUACUACACCUUGGAUCCCGCUCGGCGCUACUACGCACGGGUCAGGGCCGUGUCCGGAAACCGCACGUCCCCGUGGACAAGGACCAAUUCUUUCUCCCCACAAGAAGCCAGCCUGCGCCUGUCGGGCCAGAGCCUCUCUGUGAUGGGCAACACCAUCCACGUGCAGCUGCAGCUGCUCCUCAGGGCGGGGAACCUCACCGUGAGAUACGACAACAUACAGAAGCAUGCAAGACUAUACCGGGUGCACAUCAGGAGGGCACAGAACAAUCAGACGUAUGAAGUGGUGAAGACUACCCCAGAGUUCAACAUCAGCAACCUCUUCUGGGACACGGAGUACUGCAUCAGCGUGGAGCCUGACGUGGCCAGCCGGCACACCCGCGCCAUGCACACCGAUGAGCAGUGCGUCACCAUUGGCGAGAGAGACAGGAGCUCAGAGCUCAUCCUGAGCAUCAUCAGCUCCUCCUUCAUCACCCUGCUGCUCUUGAGCCUCCUGGGAGCCCUGCUGGUGUGCAUCUACGUAAAGAAACCCAUGAGGCCGCCGUCCGUCCUGAAGUCUUUCAUAAAGCAGAGCUCGCUCUGGGUGGAGCAGGAGUCCUCAUCCUCGGGAAGCCUGGAUGCAGACCCCAUCCAGCAACUGUUCCUGGGCCAGAAGGAGCCCCAGCAGGACAGUGGCCCUGACGGCAGCACCGGCACAGCCCAGCUGCCCCUGGAGAAGGGCUGGAAGCUCCCAGCAUGGUCCGAGGACCAGGUGUGCCUGCUGGAGCCAGGGGCCAUGGGGAGUGGAGACAGCAGCUGCACCAGCACCGACAGCGGCAUUUGCCUGCAGACCUCCUCCUCUGAACUGAGCUGCUCCUCGGGCCCCGAGCCCCAGGGCUACAAGCAACAGCUGCCCACAGGCGAUGACAGCGGCAUGGGCUUGGAGAGCGCCUGCCCCCCCUCCACGUGCUCCUCCAGCAGUGGGAGCACCAGCCCCGCAGAGGCCAGGCGGCCGCACAGAGGUGAACUCAGCCUCUCCCCCGCCGCCAGCCAGGACGGCCAACAAGACGUGGAGUUCCGUGGGUACCUGCAGCAGUCCAAGGGCACCGUGGAGCCAAGGCAGGACCCAGACAGGGGGAUGCCCUUCUCUGGCUGCACAGGAUCCCUACAAGAUACGGGCAGCACUGACAUCACGCUGGAUGUAGAGUGCUCUGAAUUGGCUGUGGCCAAAGGAUAUUUGAAGCAGUCCUCUCCUGAGCAUCCCCACAGCCACGCACAGGACCUCGUUCCACGGGGAGCCCCUCAGGAGCCCACUGCCUGGGACUUUUCCAGACAGCUGGGGCCCCGAGCCCCCAUUCAGCUGAGCUAUGGGGCUCCAGGAUCUCCCUUGGCCUCCAAAGCCAGCUGUGAGCUCCUGAAAGCUCCCUUUGACCUGAGCAUCUUCAACACUGACCUCCUGGGGACACUGCCCAUCACCUCCAGCCUCAGCAGCAAUGAGUGGCUCACGCUGCAAAUCAACCCCCUGAGCCUGCUCAACGGGGACAGCAAGGACAGCCGCCUGUGA